UUUCACAUGUGUAUCCAAGUGAGAGGAAGGGGUGGGGUGGGGUUAAAAGCAACACAUCGGUGAAGAGGGAAUCCUGGAGGAAACGAAGGAAGUCGUGGCGCUUAGUCAUUCAUAAAUGAGCCGCCGGUGUGGUCGGACGCCUCUUUCAAGUUAGUGUAGUUGUUUAACGAUUAACUGAUAGCGGCGCGGUGCAGCAUGGCUGCACGAAAGAAAGAGGAAUCAUCAAAACAACGUUAUCAAGCGAAUGCACGUGAAAGGGAUCGCACUCAUAGGAGUACAUUCAGUAGUGCAAAAUUUGCGAAUACACUUAACGAGGGUAAGGAAUCCAAACGCGAGACUCAAGAAAUCCAAUCUUCGCUGUGCAGUGUGAACACGGCUUUCAGUGCCUUGAGAACUUUAAUACCGACGGAACCCGCGGAUAGGAAAUUAUCGAAAAUAGAGACACUGCGAUUAGCCAGCAGUUACAUCAGCCACUUGGGUGCCGUUCUUGUCGCCGGCCCUGUAGAUCAACCCUGUUUACGUAUUGAGGACAGCGGCCGUGUUUAUGGGACAAAUCACUGGGCCGAUUCACAUGCGAGGCCGCAAGUUUGCACUUUUUGUCUUGCCAUGCAUAAAAAAUAUAAUUUAAAUAUCGCUGCUGGGAUAAUUUCGAAUUAUUAG